AUGGGACACAGUAGGCUUCGGGGCGCCACGCUGUUCUCGGACUUGGCCGUUCGUCCGAUUCACUAUGAUCUACAAAUCACGCCGAAUUUCCAUCGCCAAUAUUUUACCGGUGAAGUGAACCUCAUGGUGGAGUGCUUACGUGACACGUCUUUGAUCACCAUGCACUCAAGGAACUUACUUAUCAAAAAGGCCGUCCUGCGAGAUGACAGCGGUAACAAUAUCGACGUCGCUUUUUUCACAAAUGAGGACACUGGCCGGCUCGAGUUGAGGUCGACCACUGGGAGGCUGCUUCACGAAAGCCGUUAUAACAUAACCAUCGACUUCAGUGGUAUUAUGAAUAAGGAAGGAGAUGAUAUCUCGCUUUUGAUUGACAGCUAUUCGGACGCCGACAACCCAUCCGAAAUCGUGAGAGCUUGGACAUUCGCCAAGCUGAGAAGCGCUCGCCGGCUGUUUCCGUGCUUCGAUUCGCCCAGUCACAGGGCUACUUUCGAAGUACGAGUGCUUCGGCCAAAAUCCUUCGUUGCCAUCUCGUCGGCACACGAAAGCAGUUGCAAAGGCGUGGGUGACCGCGUGUUGUGUACCUUCCAGAGAACCGUCAGAAUCUCGCCUGACCAACUGGCGCUAGUGGUGACCAACCUUAGCAGUGUCACUCAAGGUAGGGUGACCUUGUGGUCUCCGGCGCUCCCAGCCCUGGCAGAUCUUGCCGAUAGAAUUGUGGCCGUCGCUGAAAAGGAGAUGGGAGUGAAACUGCCGUGCGAGAAGCUUCGAGUAAUCGCCGUCACGACGUUGGACAAACCCGCGUCGACAAAAUGGUGCGUAGUGAUCGUCGAGGCCAGAGAACGGGUCUGCUCACUGACUGCUGAGUUUACGAAAAAGAAAUCAAGCUGCGUCGUGCCGCUCGUCGGUCACGUCAUCUCCAUGUGGUUCGGUGUCGUCGUUGCCUUUCCGGACGACAGCGAUCGCUGGCUCUGUGUCACAUUGUCCGUGUACUACUCCUUCAAAGUCCUUGGAAUUCUAUUCCCCACCUGGGGUAUCGAUGAGCUCAUUGCUCUCCGUGUGCUCACCUCUAAAAGUUCCUACAGGGAGCCGAAACCAAUCAAGUUCGUUCUCCAAGCACUGCCAGAACACGUGAACGCGAUUGUCUGGAAGUCAGUAGGUAUCCUGCGAAUGUUCGAAAGCGUCAUCACCUCCGCCGUUUUUACAAACGGCACCACGCGAUUCCUCAAGUCAUUCCAGUACAAGGCGGCCAGCAGCAGCGACGUGCUGCGGACUCUUGAUUCCAGCUGUGCACUAUUCCGAAACCUGUCGACGUGGCUUUCAGAUCCAGUCUACCCGCUUGUUACAAUGCGUCGCACCAACGCGACGUAUCUUGCACUGCUGCAGGAGACAUUCCGUGACCUAUCGCGUUUUUCUUACCCUUCUCGCAACGCGUUGCCCAUGACGGUUACUGCCCGGAGGGGUGGUACGCAGGAGCCUAGUUUUGUGUCCUGGAUGACUAAUAUUUCUCAGACGCUCCAGAUUCCUCCUACCUCUUCCAAGGACUGGAUCCUUGUUAACAGUGACGGCAUCGGCUACUUCCGCGUGUUGUACACCCCGCUGGACAUGUCGCUCAUCACAAAUCAGCUCAACGAGGACCCCAGCGCGUUCACACCUAUUCAAAGAGCUGUACUCGUCGAUGACUUGUUCUACGCGGCGCUGAGUGGGCGCAUCACAUCCAACUACUUUGCCGAGGCUAUUAAGCACUUGCCUUCGGAAGAAGCCUGGCUACCUCUGAUGACUUACCUUGAGCUGGCUGCUAAUAUCCCUUACCAGUGGUUGGGUGCUUGGAAGGCCGGGGGUGUGCUCGACUGGAGGGUCUUUAACGUCAACUUUUGCUCACGGGCAUUAGUCGGCAAUAUGAAAGCACAGCGAGAAUCCGCGAAAGUCCUCCUGCGCGAGUCUCUCCUCGCGCACUGCUGCGCCUUCCUCAAAUCCGCGUGUGCACAGACACAGUAA